CCAGGGCGAAGGAAGCUGGGCGUCCGGGCCCCCCGCCAUGGAGGGCAUGGACGUGGACCUGGACCCCGAGCUCAUGCAGAAGUUCAGCUGCCUGGGCACCACCGACAAGGACGUGCUCAUCUCCGAGUUCCAGCGGCUGCUCGGCUUCCAGCUCAACCCGGCCGGCUGCGCCUUCUUCCUGGACAUGACCAACUGGAACUUACAAGCAGCAAUUGGCGCUUAUUAUGACUUUGAGAGCCCAAAUAUCAGUGUGCCCUCCAUGUCCUUCGUUGAAGACGUCACCAUAGGAGAAGGGGAAUCUAUACCUCCUGAUACUCAGUUUAUAAAAACAUGGCGGAUCCAGAAUUCUGGGGCAGAGGCCUGGCCUCCAGGGGUUUGUCUUAAGUAUGUCGGGGGAGACCAGUUUGGACAUGUGAACAUGGUGAUGGUGAGAUCGCUCGAGCCCCAAGAGAUUGCAGAUGUGAGCGUCCAGAUGUGCAGCCCCAGCAGAGCAGGAAUGUAUCAGGGACAGUGGCGGAUGUGCACUGCUACAGGACUCUACUAUGGAGAUGUCAUCUGGGUGAUUCUCAGUGUGGAGGUGGGUGGACUUUUAGGAGUAACGCAGCAGCUGUCAUCUUUUGAAACGGAAUUCAACACACAGCCACAUCGCAAGGUAGAAGGAAACUUCAACCCGUUUGCCUCUCCCCAAAAGAGCCGACAAUCAGAUGAAAACAACUUAAAAGACCCUGGGGGUUCCGGGUUCGACUCGAUCAGCAAAAAUACAUGGGCUCCUGCUCCUGACCAAACCGAGCAAGAUCAGGAUAGACUGUCACAGAACUCUGUAAAUCUGUCCCCCAGCAGUCACGCAAACAACCUAUCAGUAGUGACUUACAGUAAGGGGCUCCACGGGCCUUACCCCUUCGGACAGUCUUAAACGGGUGUCAGCAAGAAGAAAAAUUAACAAAAGACAGAAGGCCUGACUUUGGGGGGAGAGGGCAAGGGGUUCCUCUGGAUUGCAGACCACAUCGCACGGACCCCUGGCUCAGACCCCCACCUACCCCCCAAUCACGGAAGAAGAGGAAGAAAGACUGGUUUUGAGUGAACUCAGUAUGCAUGUGUGAAUGCUGAACUGCAGGAAUGGUGUUGAGGCAACCAAGAAGAAAUCCACGCAGAAAUCCACCUUGGGUUUGGGUGAUGACGUCAGUCUAAUGAGUUGUUAGGUCAUUCGGGAAGGGGCAGAGAUUUAAAAUGGGGGAAAAUAAGCCAUCUUUUUAAACAAAAAUUAUUUUACCUACAGAGAGGUUGUAGUUCUGAGCACAUGUUAGUUUUCCCCUCUUCCCGAUGUUUCUUUAAGUAAGGGACGGCGUGCUCUACAGAGCAGGGCUUGCUCUGGAAGCCGUCACAGUGAGAUGAGGCUGGCAUGGCAUGUUUGGGGACUCAGCCAGUCGGUGUUGCCGGGCUCGUGCCCUCACCUGACUGCAGUCUGACCUUGAUGGUUCUUAGUGGCUUCUGCCAAUGAUACAUCACCUUCCCCUCUUUUCAGUCUCUUGUUGAUUUAUACCUUUGACAUUUGUGUCUGUCAGCCCAGGGCUGCUUAGCAUCAGCACGCUCUCAAGUCCAGACUUCCUGUGUGGCCAGCAGAAGCCUGGAGGACAGUCUGAGAGGUGGCCUUUUGCACACUUGUGACAGCUGGGACCGCUUCCUCCCAUGUUUCCCUUGGCAAAGGGAGUGUGGCCACAAAUACGCAAUACUGGGCCCUUCAUGCAGUGGCCUGUCUUCCCUUGGCUCUCGCUGGGUGGGUGCGUGUGCUACAUGCACACAGGGCUGUAACUCAGCAAGUGUGAAUUGUGCCCUGCUUCUCUUACCACACAGCUCCCCUCCCUCCCCCCCCCCCAUGUCCUCGUGGCAUUCUCACAACCUAUUAGUGGAGCUCGAGCUGUUACAGAAUGAUGAUACAGCCCCAGCUGGGAGCCCCACUGCUGACCACUGCCCGAGAGGCCACAGUCAGGUGGAAAUGAAAAGACCUCCUCCGGCAGGGACUGCUUAGAGUGGGGUGGCAAGUUGCAGCCCAGCUGGAGUGCAGGCAUUUGCUCCCUGGGUGGGGUGCAGUGCCCACUAGUGUCCCAUGGACUCCAAGCAGGUUGAAAUAUGGAUGUCUCCAUGGGCAUCUUAAACCAGGCUAGAACAGCUGUCUGCCAAAGAUACAAGAAUAUGCAAAGUCCCUCUUCUUAACCCCUCCUUCCCUAAGUCAGUGGUUUGAGAGCCGGGGAUGUGGAUUUGGUGUGGCUGUAGGGUCCCCUGCCUGUCUCCAGCCCCCAUGUGUUCCAGGGUUGUGAGCAGAGCAGGGAGACCAGGGUAUGAAUGACUGUAAGAGGUCUUCUAGCCUGGGUGUGGGUGCAGGUCUGCCUGCCUGCCUGCCUGUCUCUGUCUGGAUGUUUGAGUUCCAAAAGUGUGUGGUGUUUGUUCCUCCUCAUUCUCUUCUGAAACUAUUGAUUUUAAACAGUUGAUUGUGAAAGAAAAGCUUGUAUGAAAAUCCCCCUCACCUUUCCAUGUCCUGAAAAAGCAACCAACAAUAAGCUCUUUUGUUGAGGAAGUCCCCUGGGCAAGUGGAAAAGGCCAUGGAGAAGGGCAAGCAGCUGGAUCUCCAGCUAAAUGGGGGCUUCCCUGGGACCCUUACUUCCUGUGCACACUUAGACCCUUGAGCCAAAGGCAGUCCCUAACAGGUGCCCAAGCCACGAAUCUCAGGGGGCUUUUGUCGGAGGGACUCGUUAAGGCCAGUCUCUGAGGACACUGCCACCCUAGAACACAUGCAUGCCCAGCCAUUCUUCCUGCUUUCUGGCCUUGGAGCAAGCAGCGUGUCUCCAGCUGCCCUCUUGGAAUCAUGAGAGGCUUCAGCCCUGCCUCACUGGCUUCCCCAUCUAUCCCCUACUAGGUACCAUACUUCCUCAGUUUCCCAGCAGGGACCUCGCGGGCCACUGUCACUGAGUGUCCUUCCCGUCCUGUGCACCUUCCCUCUGUAGCAGCCUCACUUGGCAGAUGUAACGGCUCAGGUACCCUGGCUUCCUUCCCAGAAACAAGUCCUGUCUGUGCAUCCUUGAGAGGUAGCUCAUUGAGAAGGCCAGAGCAGGUGCAGUCCUUGGCCCGCGGCUUCCUGAGUCUGUCUGUCUGUCUGCAGUGGUUUCUGCAGCCCCUUGGAGCCUUCACACAUACUAGGACACCUUCUGGCAGGACCCCCAGUCCGCCACCCACGGGGUGAGGCAGACACCAAGUUUCAGGUGGUAAAGAGCCUGAGCCCAGUUGGGGGAGUGGGUGGGUGCAGGCUUGGGAAGACUCUGUGUGUGGAGUGAGGUGUGUGUGUGUGCGCGUGUGUGUGUAGGUGUGUGCACGUGUGCAUGCCUGUUUUCUUUUUGCCAUGGGGACGAUUGAAUUUGGGGCAUUUUUCUAUAAAAAACAGCCGCCUCUCCCCUGUUAACUGGCUGUAACCAUAAGCCAGUCACUUUCAUCAAUGCAGCAGGUGGCCAAGGUGGGAAGUGGGCAUGAUGUGAAGACCCCCCCCCCAAAUUUAGCCUGAGCUCCCAGCAGGAAAGGAUGAGAGGUUGCCAGGACUCACAAAUGCAACUAAUGUGUUGUCCCCAGCCUUGCCCUGCUAUCCUUUGUUUCCUUGGGUGAAUGUGGGGCGACCUGCUGCCCCUCCCAGCUGGACAGUGACGGGUGUCUGGUGGGCCUUGUGGUGCCUAGGAGGAGGAGAUGAGGUUUUCCUUACCAUGUAAAUGAAUAUUUGUAUGAUUAAAUUAACACAAAACCCCA